AACAAUGUUCUUUAUAAAAAUGGAAGUAAAGUACAUCAUAUCAAUGUGUUUAAUAUUUUCUAUUGCGGCGGUAAAAUUACUCGAUGACGAGGAAAUAAAAGAUCUAUGGGAUAAUUUAAGAGAAAAAUACAAUGGAUUGACGUUCGAACAAUUUGAGUUAAUCGCGAAGAAUGGCCUCGUACCAAGUUUGAAAUCAGAUGAAAUCGAUAAUCUAUGGAAAAGCAUAAAAUCUGAAGAUAGAGAAUAUAUUACAUUCCGCGACAUAGGUCAAUAUUAUGAAAAUGAUGACAUAAAAGAACUCUUGGAAGUAUUACAAGAAAUCGUCCCCGAAAGAAUAACUGAUCCUACAUCAGGUAGAACAGAACACACAUUUGACAAGGGAACGUUUACAAAGGCCGUGAAUCUAGGCCUCAUACCAAGAUGCCCUGGGAUGCAUGAAAUAUUUAAAAAAAUAAUCCAAGAUGAUGUCAGAGAUUAUAUAAACAUGAAUGAUUUGAAAGCAUACUACACAAAGUAUACUGAGUUUCAUCUAAUACCGAUUAUGAAUCAGUACGGAGAACCUAAAGGUAAUGGACAAAAAUUAUACUUUGGUGCCUUUAGCAGAGCCGUGAACCUUGCUUAUUUUCCAAGUCCCAAAGCCCCGAUUAGCGAAUGACCAUCAGUAGAUCACCGAUAAGAUGC